AUGUUCAAGUCGCUGCUCACUGAGACGUUCAGCAAUCGCUUUGACGUCGUGCUGGGCGUCGCGUUGCUCUGUUCGACCAUCUUCACCAUCAUCUUGCUGACCCUCCCGUCUCAGUAUGACCCGUAUAUGGACAGGCCCAUCAAGCUGGUCGACUUUGACGAAGAAGGUAACGAAUUUGAGGUAAAAAGAGAGGAUGGCAGCGACCGAUUCAAGCAGGGCAGGACGGUGCAGAUUCUCGUCCUUGGAGACAUUGGUCGUUCACCCCGCAUGCAGUACCAUGCUCUCAGUAUAGCCAAACACGGCGGCAGGGUGUUUCUAAUCGGCUACCAAGAAUCUGAGAUACAUCCCGACAUCGUCUCCAGCCCAUUGAUUGAGGUUGUACCCCUGAUCGCAGCGCCUGCUUUCCUUCGUUCAAGCAGCAAGCUGCUCUUCGCUGUCAUAGCACCAUUGAAAGUGCUGUGGCAGGUCAGAAGCUUGUACCGCGCUCUAUGCUAUCGUACGCAGCCUGCAAGAUGGAUGCUUGUGCAGAAUCCUCCCUCAAUUCCGACACUGGCUGUUGCGAGUUUGGUCUGCUUCAUCAGAGGCACACAACUGGUCAUUGACUGGCACAACUUUGGCUACUCAAUCCUUGCACUGAAACUCGGGGUUAGCCACCCACUUGUCAAGAUUUCCGCCUUGUACGAGAGGGUAUUCGCAAAGGCUGCCAAACAUCACUUCACUGUCACCCACGCAAUGGCCCGCGUGCUGAAGGAUUCGUACGGUGUCAAAGCCCAGGCCCUCCACGACCGUCCAGGCCCAAUUUUCCGACCAAUCGACUCACAAGAACGUCGUGCCUUCCUCUCACGUUUGCCGGAAACAGCGCAGUAUGCGGAAGAUCUCACUGCAUCUACCAAAACACCCUGGAGGCUCAUUGUCAGCUCAACGUCCUGGACCGCAGACGAGGACUUCUCCAUCCUCCUCGAAGCGCUAUGCAAUUAUUCCGCGCAGGUCACAGCGAAGCCUAAUCUGCCAAACAUUCUGGCAAUCAUCACCGGCAAGGGUCCACAGAAGGAGCACUACCUCGCCAAGAUCAGGGCCCUGAAUCAGGAGAAGAAGCUUCUCAACGUGGUCAUCCAAACUGCAUGGCUCACCUCUGAGGACUAUGCGAUGCUCCUUGCAGCCGCCGACCUUGGCGUCUCGCUGCACACAUCGUCAUCUGGUGUAGAUCUGCCGAUGAAGGUGGUGGACAUGUUCGGUGCAGGACUGCCAGUCGUCGGUUGGGGCAAGUUCGAGGCGUGGCCUGAACUCGUCAAGGAAGAUGUCAACGGCAAAGGGUUCGAGAGCUCGCAACAGCUGGCGGAGCAGCUCCUUGGCCUAUUCGGUGACAAAGCCGAACUGCUGGCGACACUGAAGAAGGGGGCCGUGGAGGAGAGUAAGAACAGGUGGGAUGCCGAGUGGGAUCGCGUUGGCGGGAAGCUUUUCAAGCUGAUUGAGUGA